AUGGCUAUCAUUGCUCUUGCUGACCUGGCGCAGGAUCCACUCCGCUUGGUUGCCAAAAUGUCCCAGUAUCCCCAUGAUCCGCAUACGCCCAGACCCAAGGAAGCCAUGGCUUUGGUUUUGCUCUUCACGCCUAUGUUCGCUCAUUCGUUGAUUGAGAACCGCGAUUCCGCACCCACAGUUCUCACCUCAGCCAUUGCUCAUAUCUUUGAGCCUAUGUUAAUCGCUCCCGGCGAUCCGCAACGCUUUCUUGCCCUUGCGGCUGUUGUAGAUCGGUUACCUGGACAUGGAAACGGGCCAAUUAAAGAUAAACAAGGCUAUGAAGGCAUUGGUUAUGCUGUUAUGCCCGAAUCUCUAAUUUCGUCCACGGAUCGCACCAUUUCUUCUAAAUCUUUACCAAAAGAUGCUCCAGAAACCGGAACUUUGACAUUCGAGGUGCAGGCAAUGAUCAAAAAUCCAUUUUUUGUUGACACCAACGAUGGAAUCGCACACAGAAUAGAAAUGCCGUUAGCCAACACUAUCUUCCAAACUGGUCGGAACACGACAAUGCUUGCCUGCCAGUAUAUUUCAGCCGCUCGUGAAAACACCGGCCAGGCGGGAUCACGCGAAGCACGCCGCAAUCUACUGUUCACCAAUAGGUUGGACCUUUUACAUCAGAAGGUGACAUGGCCCCUAAAAUAUUGGUUAGAGCAUGAUGAGGUUGAACAUUAUGGGACGCAAUCGAUGCAUAUCCCACUGGUACCUCUUACAAUUCCCCGAGAGGUCCGUUCAGGAAUGGGUAAUAUUAUCAGGGAAACAGUAAGCGCGGAGGGGAAGCCUGUCCCUGCAUCUCAAGAACUAGAGCGUGCUGUUUCAGCAUACUUUCGGGCUGAACGUCUAGUGCCACAUGCCAUGCCUGUAUGGGCACUCGUAAGCUCUCGAGAUGCAGCAGAGGAAAUGAGCUGCCGUAUAAUGGAAAGGAUCAAGCUCCUCCACCGCCUUCCGUUAGAGCAAACCACUCCCACCGAAGUUCAAGCCUUCAUAUCCCAGCAUUUUAUGGAUGUUUGGGACACUCCACUACGUGGUUGGACUACGAUCAUGUGGAAUGCUAUGUUCAAAGGCGGAGCUCGCCUACACCGAGUGCUUAGCGGAGGCGGCGGCUGGGGCAAGAAAGCUGGGUUGCUUUCUUUGGAUCCCCGAGUCUCAGUCGUGCAAGCUAGUGAGGACCAACCCCCGUCAUUUGAAUUUGACGAAAGAUUUGACGGUGGCCGAUCGUCUCUCACUCAACCACUCGAAGAGGUCGCUAAGGAAGGGGAAUUUAUCCAAUUUUUCGCUGCUUUCAAGCCUUUUAGAUGGUCGGACUGGACCCCUAUGACGCCUGAUAAAACUAAGAGAAUGCUUGUUCUCGGUGCCAUUCCCAGCAGUAUCGACGAUAUCCGCCACAGGGAACCGGAUGACGCGUCGCUUACUAAUAUUCGACAUCACAUCAAAUUCUUUGGGGUUUUAUCUGAGAAGGGCAUGAGCAUACAUAGCGUCCUGAGAAAUGGUGGUCCUUCGGGCGACAAAGAAUGUCUACGCUCCAUGGUCGAUGUGCCAUUCGCAAUGUUCAGACAAAGACUUCCGGCAGAUCAUCUGGUAUCUGGACACCGCGAAAUCGUUCCAGAGAUCGAACCAGAUGAUUUCGAUUCUUCGAAAGAGCCUGAACCUGAGGAGCGGGAAGAGGUGGAAGCGCAGACCGAUUCAAACAAAUCAGAAACAGGUAGCUCAAAGGUUAGUUUAGAUUAA